UGACGAGCAAUCGAUAAUGCUACCAAUCGAAAUCGGUAUCGCUCUCAGUUACCUAAACGAGAUGUCCAAACAGGUGUUGCCCAAAAUCCGACUGUCUUCCAGCCUUAUUCUGCUGGCCAGAAGUCGGGCUGCGAAGCCCAAGUCCUUCGACUACAAUGCCCUGCUCUUGACUCGUACACCAAAGUCAACUUUUAUGCCAGAGUCCUCGGUCUUUCCCGGUGGCGUAUGUGAUGGCACAGACAGUUCACCCUCUUGGUUAGAGCACUUCCAGCGAAGCGAAAUCAGCUUAGCCAAGCUGCAAGACUUAAGCAAAAUAAAGGGGCCGCGACCGGAGAUUUUCAAGUCUAUAGGAGAUAACGAGGGUAUAGAUCCCUCCUUGUCCUUGCGGCUAACCGCCAUAAGAGAGACCUUUGAGGAAUUGGGCAUCUUGUUGUGCCGGGACAGGAAAUCUCUGACCUCUACCAGUGGCUUCGGACAGUUCCACGAGCAGUUUGAUCGAGCACACUGGCAGCAUGUCGUUCACAACGACGCCAGCAAGUUCCUGACGCUCUGCAAAGAGCUGGAAGUGCUGCCCGAUGUGUGGUCCCUGCACGAGUGGUCCGUCUGGCGCACACCGUCCACAUUUAAGAAGCGAUUCGAAACGGCCUUCUUUAUGGCGGCUUUGGAGCAGGAGCCUAGUGUGCACAUCGAACCAAAUGAGGUCAAGGACUGUGCGUGGCGCUCCCCCUUGGACUACCUUCAGGCUUGCUUGACGAAGAAGCUCUGGUUGCCGCCACCCCAAUUCUAUGAGCUAUCCCGUUGCCUGAACUUUCCAUCUUUGGAUGAUUUACGGAAGUUUGCCGAAAAGCGUUCCGAGAAGGGCAUUGAUCUGAUCCAUCCUGUAAUGUACAAAUGCAAAAAUGGAGUCGUUCAUCUCUUGCCUGGCGACGAUGCGUAUCCCGUCGAUCCAGAUGCUAGUAAUGAGAUAGAGACUGGUCUGUCAGUUGAAGACUUUCGGUCGAAGGCUAACGGAAGACUUCACCGCUCGGAGCACUGGAACCAACAUCAAUCGCAGCUGCUAAUAAACUUCGAUAGGACAGAUGGUCAGGUGCAUCCCUUGGACCCCAACAAGUUAUAGACGAUUGCGUCUUUGAUGAUAUUAAAUUUGCGCAUUUAUUAGAUUUAUUUUAGUAUUAGAUAAGGAGACAAGAAUCGGCAAGAGUAACACAAGUGCUUAAUAUUGAUGAAUUUGUAUAAGUUAAAGCCUGCGUUUCUUCUAACUAAAACUAUACCCUACAAGGGUAUAAUGAAACAUAUCUUCUGAAUUGCGUUUUAGAAAAUAGAUGAAUUAUAAAUUUA